AUGAUGUCUCAAGCGUACCAAAUGGUCAAUGGUGGUUCAAGCAAGAGAAAAGAUACGUUUGCGCCACGGCUAAGGAUCAUAGUACCCCGCUUUGAUAACACAGAGCUUAUCAAGGGAUAUAAUCGCACCCUUAUUGGUGGGUGUAUAAAUCCAACAAUUCAGGACAUGAAGGAAUGCUUGAGCCUCUGCCAUGACUCCAGCAGGUGUCCUGCAGUGUUACCAAAGAGGGAGAGAAGAGAUGAGAUGCGGUUCACAGAGGAGAAACCGGAGGGGGGAGCAAAAAGUUACAAAGGAGCUCUUGCGGGUCAUGGGGAAAGUGUUAAGGAUAAGAUGAAGAGCGAUAUAUUGAGGAGGUCUUCUAGACCAAUGCCACCGAGGGAUGUCAGGAAGCGGUUUGGUGGGGUUUCUAGGACUAUCCACCACUCUAUUGAGGAGUGUAGAAUGGAGCAACGGGAACAGAGGACAGAGAAUACAAAUGAGGGAAGCGGUAAAAAUAGCCUUCCACAACAACAAUCCGCUAAGAAGGUUAGGAAAGGAUUAUUGUUUGAGGAGAAUUCUAUGAGCAUGGAAGACUUAGUCACAAGGAGAAAUCAGGUUCCCGCGGUGGAAAGUGAGAAAGCAGCAAUGGCAGUACCGGUGACAGAGAUCCAGGAAGCAGAGGAAGGAGGAGGAGGGGAAGUUCAGAUCGAUGAUGUUGGUUCAGAGCAGGAUGGGAUGAUGGAUGAUAUUUCGGGUGAUUUUGACAUCGCUGACCUAGAGGAUACGCUGGAGGAGCAAGACGGUGAGGAUCAAACUCUGUGUAUUGAGAGCAUUGAGAUUGAGGCGCUGCAUUUAGAUCAGGGAGAACAGUCACUCGGAUUAGGUGGCGAGGAAAUCAUCCCCCACGAGAAGACGAAGGCACCUGAUGCAUGGUAA